ACGUAGAUUAUGAUCAAAGUUGCAUGUGACAGAAGAGAGCAUUAUGGAUCCUUCCCUAACUAAAAAGGACUUCAUUCCACAUACGAGGAAGAAAAGUAAAACUUUGUAUAAUGUUCGCUCCAAUACCAACAAAAAUGCUCCAUAGCUACAUACGUACCCAUUUCAGUUCACUAUAUUCUAUAUCCUUUGAUCACGUCGAUCCAAUAGUGCACAUCUUACUUGGUCAAGCAAAAGUAUUUAACAAAGUGAUCUCGUAGGAAAAUCGAAGCAAGGCAAAAGGUAGGAAAGAAACAAAGAAAUCGGUAACGACAACUGUAAAGCGGUCCUGAACAUAAUAAUCUUCUGCAUACUGCGCUCACAACACAAAAAGCGAAGUCGAGUAAAAAUCGGUAACGACAACUGUAAAGCGGUCCUGAACAUAAUAAUCUUUUGCAUACUGCGCUCCCAACACAAAAGCGAAGUCGAGUAAAAGGAACGUUUUCGUAGGAAAAUUGGAGUAAGUAAGGCUAAAGGUAGGAAAGCAACAAAGAAAUCGGUACCGACAAUUGUAAAGCGGUACGAACACAAUAAUCUUUUGUGUAUUGCGUUUACAACACAAAAAGUGAAGUUGGACAACAGACACAAACGCGGAAGCAAACGAAUCAAACGGUCAUAGGAAACAAUAUAAAACAAAAAGAUAAGUUUCUGCAUGUUGCGCUUACAACACAAAAAGCGAAGUCGAGCAAAAGGUACGUUUUCGCUGGGAAAUCGAAGCAAGGCAAAAGACAAAAAAGCAACAAAGAAAUCGGUAACGACAAUUGUAAAGCGGUCCCGAGCAUGUUGCGUUUAAAACACAAAAAAGCGAAGUCGAGCAACAAACACAAACGCAACAAACGCGGAAGUAAACGAACUAAACGGUCAUAUAGAAAACAAAAAGACAAUAACAAACAAAAGACAAUAACAAAAAGGGCCACAUAACCAAUCAUUUGCAUGAUGUGACUAUAAGUAAUAGUGCAACUUCUACUUGUUCUUUAAUAAGAAGAAUUAUAUUCAUUUGUAUAUAUCAACCCGCCAUAUGAUACACGAUAGAUUUCGGCUUGUAAAUAAUAAUCAAUGUUCUGUGAUAAAAUAACAAACUUUUCCCAUCCUCAGUCUUAUUCCUAUAGCGCUAUAUGAUCCAGAAAAGCUGCUCCACUUGAUCUAGUCCCCUGUUCUCAUUAAUGUUCUACCUUAGAAGGAAUUCUUAAGACACUACAUAAAAAGGUCAGGCAAGUCUAGUCAGGAAGCCUAACUUUUGACACCAUGUUGGUCAACUUGGGCUAAUUUGGACUUUGGAACUUCUACAUAUAUAUAUAUAUAUAUAUCAAUCCAUGUUGAUUAAUGUCACGUAGAUUAUGAUCAAAGUUGCACGUGACAGGAGCAUUAUGGAUCCUUCCCUAACUAAAAAGGACUUCAUUGAACAUACGAGGAAGAAAAGUAAAACUUUGUAUAAUGUUCGCUCCAAUACCAACAAAAAUCUCCCUAGCUACAUACGUACCCAUUUCAGUUCACUAUAUUCUAUAUCCUUUGAUCACGUCGAUCCCUCUAUAAAUUUGUCUCUCUCUAUGCUCCCACUUCUUCACACAACCAUCCAACAUACAAAGCAAAAAAACAAGCCUCCCCCAACAAGAACAAAAGCUAUUCAACUUAACCUAGCUCGAAAAAAUGAAGAGGGCAGGAACAAGUGUAAUCCUCAUGAUGGUUCUCCUCUCCAUUACUCUCUCCUCCGCCUUCGCGGCAAGAUCGCUGGCCGAAACCCUAGCCACCUCUUCGCUGACCCCGCUUCCCGUCCUCGACGUGAACGGGAAAGUGGUCCGAUCAGGGGCCAACUACUACGUCCUGCCUGCGGUCAGCGGGGAAGGUGGCGGGGUGGCUCUGGCUAGCCUGACCAAAGAUUCAGAGAGCUGCCCGCAAACCGUAGUUCAAGAUCAAGACGAGAUCUCUCAAGGUAUCCAGCUCACUUUUGGGCCCGUAAACACCAAGUCGGGCUACACGGUCCGCACGUUCACGGACCUGAACGUGCGGUUCGUGGCGGACACGCCCUGUGAGGAGGGAACCGUGUGGAAGGUGGACGAAUACGACGAUGAUGUGCAACAGUGGUUCCUUGGGACGGGUGGUGUUGAAGGAAAUCCUGGUCCGAGGACGGUCAAGAACUGGUUCAAGAUCUGGAAGUACGGUUCCAACUAUAAGUUGUCGUAUUGUCCAGCGGUUUGCAAGUCGUGCAAGGUUGACUGCAAGGAUGUUGGGAUUUACGUGGAUGAGAAUGGCGGGAGGAGGUUGGCUCUUGUUGACAAAGAUGGGGAUCCUUUUGUGAUCAAGUUCGUGAAGGCCGAUUAAAUGAAGAAAUUGAUGAUUUAUUAAGGGGUCACAUAUAAUUAAUUAUAUAAGCUUUAUUCAUGUAUUUUGAAAGUUUGGAAUAAGAGCUAUUCAUGCUCCAUAUGGAUUGUAAUGUUGUGUCCCUCCAUAUAGUAGAACUUGAAAUGAAUGUAUUUCUAAGUCUUUACUAUAUGUAGUUCAAAAUUUGAAACUAAAGUAUCUCAAUUUUUUAUAUAUUUCAAAAUUCAUUGUCUUUGAGAUAUUAUUUUUUUCGUAUUAACCAGAACACCUCAUACGACAUUAACUCGAGACUGACAGGUUUGCUUGAUCUUUUCUGUCACUCGAGGUUGCUCGAGAAAAUGAUGUAAUUGAGAAGUAAGUCAAGAGAAUUAGGAAAAACACUACAUGGCUAAUCCACGGGCACUUACGUACCUCUGCUGCACUCCAAACCUCUUUAACAAAGCAACAGUCCACUAGCAAAUGCUGAGCAGAUUUUUCAUUCACGAGACAAAGGCAGCAUCUGUUAGCCAGCACCACACCUCGUCUCUUCAAAUUGUCGUGUCAGAAUCCUGUUAUGAGAGACAAACCAUACAAAGAAACAUAUUUUGCUCGGAAUCCAAGACUUCCAAAUUUUCGCAUAAGGGAAAUUCUGGAAACCACUGAAUUUCCCCACAGUCAAUCUGCUAUACAAAGACUUCACCGAGAACUUUGCAUUAGCUUCCAGAUUCCACUUUAACCUGCAAGGACUAUAAAUAUUUCGAAUUAUCCAUAAAUCCCAAUAAGUUGUAUAACUCUCUCCUCUGCCCCCCCCCCCCCCCCCCCAACCCAACACCAAAUUUAAGAGUUAGCCCAUGUCAUAUGAAUCCUCUACAUUUAAGAUCUUGUUGACACCUAAAAUUAGUUUGGCCUAAAUUCAAUACCGCAAUUAUUAAUCUCGGCAUUUAAUUCGAUACUGCAUGACAAAAACAACGUCGUUUGGAGACAAGCGACAGCGACGCCGCAGCAAGAUCCAACGUUGUCGCUCAGCUAGAAAACGACACUGCAAGGAAACUCAGCGGUACCGCAGCACUUGAAACAACAUUGUUUACUAGAAAAUAAUUGAUGUGAGACAUGGGCCGCAAGAUUGGUGUUGUUGUUGGAAAAGGAGUGUGUUUUUUAUUCCUUAUCGGAGAAGGAGAGUGAAACGACACCGCGUAGAGACAAGCGGCAUCACUGAUGGGUAAAACGAUACCGCGAAACAAAAAACGGUACCGCAAGGAAGCUCAGCGGUACCGCGACACUGGAAAUGACACUGUUUACCGGAAAAUAAGAGGUGGGCCGCUCGUUUAGUAUUGGUGUUGGAAAAUGAAUUUUUUUAAUUAAUUAUUAUUUUUAUUCUUUGUCGGAAUGGGAGAAGCGAUACCACAUGGAGACAAGCGGCAUCACGGAGAAUUAAGAACGGUAUCGCGAGUAGGCCCAACGGUGCCGCUGUACUAGCAAACGAUAGUGUUGAAAAUAAACGGUGUCGCGGACGAAAAAACAAACGGACCCGUUUUGGCGCUAAUAAUGUCGUUGGUCAACACACGAGUUGGACUAGUGAUGGUCGGAUUAAUUAAUUAAUAUCUUUAAUGACUUUUUAGGACGGUGUCGUUUAGUUGAGAACGAUGCCGCAAGAGGAAAGAAACGACACCGCGGAUUUAACAAACGAUGUCGCGAGUA